CUCUUUUUCUAUCCCAUUACAACUUUUUCUCGGGAAAUCUACCGUUUUUCGGUUCGAGUUCGUUGUCGUAAAAACAGAGAAGGAAUAAAGAUGUCAUUCACAGGAACAUUGGAUAAAUGCAAGGCUUGUGAUAAGACUGUUUAUGUGGUUGAGUUGCUUUCCCUUGAAGGGAAUCCUUACCACAAGUCCUGCUUCAAAUGUAGCCACUGCAAAGGCACCCUUUCGGUACGGUUUUUCUUUUCCCUCAUUCGCAUAAUGUCGUUUGUUAUGAUAUCGAUAUUUGACCCGAGUCGAUGGUUACGACAGAUGAGUAGCUACUCAUGGAUGGAUGGUGUCCUGUAUUGCAAGACUCAUUUUGAGCAACUUUUCAAGGAAUCUGGAAAUUUCAGCAAGAAUUUUCAAACUUCCAAGCCUUCUGAGAAGCAAAAUGAUCUGCAGUCGAGGGCUCCUAGCAAACUGUCCUCCAUGUUCUCUGGUACUCAAGACAAAUGCGCAGUCUGCUCGAAAACGGUUUAUCCGCUGGAGAAGGUGACUCUUGAGGGGGAAUGUUACCAUAAGAAUUGCUUUAGAUGUGCUCAUGGUGGGUGCCAUUUGACACACUCUUCAUAUGCUGCUCUUGAUGGAGUGUUGUACUGCAAGCAUCAUUUUGCUCAGCUCUUCAUGAUCAAAGGAAACUACAACCAUGUCCUUGAAGCUGCUGCAAACAAGAAAGCUACCACGCCGCCUCCAGAACCAGCGGAGGAAGAAGAGGGCGAUGCAGAAGCUCAGCCGCAGGCCGAGGAAGCAGCCGUAGAGCAAACUUAAUUAAGUUGGCUUCAUUCUGCUUCCAUCACCAUAAACUUGAGAAUCCUUGGCUAUCUUAAUUUUUUUUUCUCUCUCUCAUUUUUGCUUUCAAAUUCAUUUGUAACAAGUUUCCAUUACCAUUUUGUGUUUCUCUUUUUAAAGCAAUUCAAAACAUUAUUUAUAUGCCAUCAGAGCAUAGAAAACAAUGUACCAUAGUUUCUGUCAGUGAGAGGAGAAGCUGGAAUAAAGCACAGACUGCUAUGAUCAUUUCCAAUCACUAAAGACAAUUUUCCCUUUUCUCCAA